AUGCUUUGCCGCGUUGAACGACUCCACUCCAGCCGGGUUUGUUUAUCCAACUGCCAGCCCCGCAGCUGUGGCCGCCGGGGCGAGGUCUCGCGAUGCUUCACCGCGAGACUUGGAAAGUCCACCCCUGAUGCCUGCUGCCCCUGUCCUUCUCCUCCUUCGACUUCAUCUAGCCCUCCGUCCAAGCCAUCUCCCGACUUUAACAUUAAAUCCAAAACCAUCUACCUCUCAGCUUCGACCCUCUCCCUACCGUUCUGGUCAAAUCCUGCCACCCCCAGACUGCCCCCCCUCAUCACUAAAAUCAUUCACUCAUCUCCAACUUCUGGUACUGUCCCCUCUCUCAUUCAAAACCGCCUCAGUCCACCCUUCACAAAAAACCUGGCCUGGAAUCCAACCAUACUUCAACAACCUCCGUCCCAUCUCAAACCUUCCCUUCAACCUCCAAAAUACUUUGAAAAUCUGUCGCUGCUCAACACCACAACCACCUCACCACCAACAACAUCUACGAACGACAAUUCAGUCUGGUUUCCCGUCACCCUCCACCAGCACCGGAAACAGCUCAUCAAAAAAUCACUAACGAUCUCCUCAAAGCCUACUGACCUCCGGUUUACUCUCCAUCCUCAUCUUCUGGACCUCACUGCAGCUUUUGACACAUUCUCAUCCACCCUCCAGAACAGACUCACCUCCUCGCAUCACCCCACCCCCACUCCCUGGUUCACCUCCUAUCUUUCUGGCUCGCUCACAGAAUCAUUCAUCUCAAAACCCACAAAAACCGCACUUUUCCUGUCUCUGCUGGUGUCCCCCAGGGCUCUGUCCAGGGCCCCACCUCAUCAUCAUCUAUAUUCUUCCCACUCGGUCACGAUCCUCCGCAGUCACAACAUUCACUUCCACUGCUACGCGGAUGACACCCAGACUCUUGACUUGAGGAGGGAGAGGAAACCGAGUUUAUGGAUGGAGAAUUGA